GGAGCCCUCCAGAUGGCGAGCCCACAGCGAGCACUCGGAGCAGGAUGACCCGGAGCUCAGGGACUGGCGCUGGCUGCAGCAGCCGACUCAAGCGCCUGCUCCGAGGAGCGCGUCGGAAGAGGAAAUGGCUGCAGAUGCGACAAACCAAGCUCUAAAAAGCAAAAAGAAGAAGAGGAGGAGGAAAGCCAAAGGUGCAGCGUCGUCGGCCACAAAGUCUGUACAGAGCACAGCCCUUUCCGAGCCGGCCCCGCCUUCGGCGUCCAAAAAGGAUCGCCCAAAGCGCAAGAGGAGAAAAUCACAUGUGGAAAAGGAGGAGACCACUCCGCCCAAAGGCAAGCGGAUGGCUUCUCCCGAGGGAACGACGCCAAAGCGCGACAGGUCCGACUUUUCUGUUCAACAAGAACUCGGCCAAGAGACAUCCGGCGAGGUGAGGGGCGCCGAAGACAUCAUGUCUGUGAGCUCCGGAAGUGACAACACGGACUAUGGUGUGAUUGAUUGCCGAUUCAUCUCGGAGAACGAUGCAGCCCUUGGACUGCGUCGCCGGAUCCAGCGCCACAAGACGCGGGCACUGGAGGAGGCGAAGAAGGACGAGAAGAAAGCAAGAAAAAAGGCAAAAAAGGCAGCAAAGCGCGCCCUGAAAGCCAAGC